GUCAGGUCAAUCAGUUGAGGUCACGAUGGGGCGGAGGUCAGAAGUGUCGCUAGGAGUUCUCUGUUUCCUCCUGCAAGCCGUCGCAAGCAUAAACUAUGGCUCUGACAUUCCCCUUGACGCUGUGGUGUUAGAUUAUCAUGGCAGGGAAGUGCAGUCUUCAUUCUCCUCUUUGGCAGCGACCGGCGAGGGCCACGCGAGGGCGGAGGGCGGAGGCGAAGGCGCGGACGAGGAGGGCUUCGAGCGGGAGGCGCCCCGCGAUACCAACAGAAUCUUCUGGUGGCUGACGUCCACCACCGAGGCGUCCGUCAGCACCAACACCAACGGCAGUGCAGCCACGACCGCGCCUGCGUCCAGCUGCGGGGUUGGCGAGCGCAUCGUGGGCGGGACCGUCGCGGCCGCGGGAGCGUGGCCGUGGACGGCGGCGGUGCGCACCAAGAACGGCGGCCACUUCUGCGGAGGGACGCUCGUGUCCUGGCGCCACGUCGUCACCGCCGCCCACUGCAUCAAGGGCGGCGAGAGCAGGUUCCCGCUCAAGGUGUCGGUGGGCAUCCACAGCGUCCACAGCACGGGCAUCUCGGCGGACGUGGCUCACGCCCUCUACCACCGGGCCUACGCCAGUGGCUCUGCGUACAACAACGACAUCGCGGUCCUCGUGCUCACGAAGGCGGUGGGUCCUGCGUCCGGCGUGGCCCUCGCGUGCCUCCCUUCGUCAGGCUCCUCCCUCUCCCCCGGGGCGAAGGCGACGGUGGUGGGCUGGGGCGCCACCUCGGAGGGCGGCCCGUCCAGCCAGACCCUGCGGCAGGUGGAGGUCGACGUCCUAGAGAGCAGGAUCUGCAGGUCCUCCUACGGGCCCUCGUUCGACGCCCGCAAGAUGGUCUGCGCCGGGAGGGUGCAGGGCGGGAAGGACUCGUGCCAGGGCGACUCGGGCGGCCCUCUCACCCACCAGCAGGGCCGCUGGACUCUGGUGGGCGUGGUGAGUUACGGCAGCGGGUGCGCACGCCCUAACUUCCCUGGCGUGUACACGAGGGUGUCCCAUUAUGUCUCGUGGAUCAACGAAGCCAUGCGCGCCUACCCGUGAGCCAGGAACAAGGCGCAAAAACAGAAUUCAACGGACUCGGAGUUUCACGAGUUGGCAAAGAAAGAAAACGGGAAACGAUGCGCUUUUCGACCUUCGUUUGUUUCAUUUAUUUUCUCGAAGAUGCUCGUUAUUUAUAUCCUAUCUUGCUUUUUUAUGGACAUUGUAUUUAUUCUACAAUUAAAGUUCUAUUA